AUGACUUUCUGGAAUAGAAUCAAGAGUGAAUUAGUUGGCCCAGAGCUUCAGGUUGCCAAAUCUGUGAGUGAUACCGAUUCUGGUAAGGAUAAUAUCAAGGUUUCUACUGAAGAAGUUGAUGCACCCUUUAUCGAUUUGACUUUAUCCUUAACAGACGAGGAGUUGAAGUAUAGAGAAACUUCAAGAAUCUAUAAGAUCAAAAAGUUUCUCUGGGAUGGAACUGGGAGACAUCCUAAAGAACAAAGAUAUUUGCUCAAGCUUGAUUUCUUUCUCUUGAGUUCCUCAAUGUUGGGGUAUUUCAUCAAGAACUUGAACCAGUCCAAUGUAACUACAGCUUAUGUUAAUGGUAUGUCAGAGUAUUAUAACAUGAAUAACAAUCAAUACAAUUCUCAAGUGUUGACUCCAUGGACUGUAGGAUAUAUCGUUGGUCAGAUUCCAUCAAACUUGAUUCUUCAUAGAAUCUCAGCCAGAUAUUAUUUAGGGUUCUUAGAGAUUACAUGGGCUGUUUUGACGGUAUUAAUGAUUACUUGUAAAACCAUUGGUGGUAUAACAGCUAUAAGAUUCUUUGUGGGGCUUACAGAAGCCGGUUACUUUCCUGGAUUGGAAUACUUAUUAGGUUCAAAUUAUUCUGCUUCUGAGAUCUCCAGUAGAUCCUCAUACUUUGCCAUUGCUGGGAAUGCUGCUGGUUUAAUCUCUGGUCCCUUACAAUUAGCCAUCUUAAAGAGAUUUCCCAAUGCUUCCAUUAAACCUUUCCAAAUGAUGUUUGUCUUUGAUGCUGUGAUCUCAUUCCCAAUAGCUAUUUACACAAUGUUCGUUGAUCCCAAUACUCCAUCCACCACAGAUGUAUUCUACUUUUCCGAGGAGGAUAAACUUGUUGGGUUGGAAAGAAGAAGAAGAAUGGGAGCUCAGUUGAAUACAAGAGAGAAAUACACUUGGUCCAAAAUCAAGAGUUUCUUCAAUACCUGGCACAUAUAUGUUUUCCCCUUAUUGUUUUUGUGUUACAAUAAUUCAUGUGGAGCUUGGAGUCAACCAACCUUUCAAACUUGGAUCAAACAAAGUCUCAAGUUAGGACCUGAAAUUUAUAAUACUUAUCCUUCAGCUGUUACUGGUAUUGGUAUGGGACUCACCAUUUUGUUUGCUUACGUCAACAAUUAUCUAGGAGGUAGAAAUAACUUUGUAUUUGUCUCGUUGUUCUUCAUCAUGGUGAUGGUAGGUUGUGUCUCUUUGAGUAUCUGGGAUAUUUCUAGAGGUUGGCACUGGGUUUCAUAUUUCAUCAUUGGAGCUCCUACAUCUUGGGGACAACCGAUGAUUUUCAGUUGGUUGAAUAGACUUUUAUUUGAAGAUGAUAUGAAAAGAAAUUUUUUGGUUGUAUCUACCAAUGUUUUGGCCUAUGUUACCAAUGCUUGGGUUCCUAUAUUGGUUUGGGAUACCAGAGAUCAGCCAGAGUAUCAUAUUGGUUUUAGCUAUACUGCGGGACUUUGUGGUUUGGGGUUGAUUUUAACAGCAAUUGCCACAUUCUUAACAUUUAGGGAUGAGAAGAGAAAUAGACUGAUCGAUGAUGAGACCGCUUAA